AUGAGCGGAAGAAAUGGCCCGGGAGCUGCUGGUGGUGCAAAAGCAGCUUUUUCUAUGUUUCAACAAAAAGAUGUAGCAGCUGGUGGAACAGGAAAAGUCAGCAGUGAGGGUGGUACUGGUGCACCAACAAAUCCGUCCAGUAUUAAAGAUCGUCUUCUACAUUGGUGUCAACAUGUUACUAAAGGUUAUAAUCAUAUUAAUAUAACAAAUUUUUCCUCAUCAUGGGCAGAUGGUAUAGCAUUUUGUGCUCUUGUUCAUCAUUAUUUACCUAACGCUAUUAAUUAUGAUUCUCUUAAUCCUAAAGAUAGAAGGAAAAAUUUUGAAAUAGCAUUUAAAGCAGCUGAAGAUAAUGGUUGUGCACCAUUACUUGAAGUUAAUGAUAUGAUUUUAAUGGGUGAUAAACCUGAUUGGAAAUGUGUGUUCACAUAUAUUCAAUCACUUUAUAAACAUUUUGUUAUGAUGCCUGAAGCAAUGGCAGCUCGAGCAGCAGCCGCACAAGCCAGUGGUAAAUAA